AUGGUUUCCAGGGUUCACAAGAGAACAGCUAUGUAUAGGAACAUACAAAAGCUUCGUUCAAUCACUAACUCUCAUGCGCGGCGUAAAACCUCUGUAAUACUGGAUGCAUCAGAGUACAUUCGAGGUUUAAAGCAAAGGCUACAGGAAUUGAACCAACUAGCAGUUGACGCAGCCCAAAAAUGCAUUGACUAUGGUCCAAUGCCUAUGCUUAAAGUUGAACCACAAGAGGAGGGCUUUAUGAUCAAGGUGUUGAGUCAAAGGAGUUGCCAAGGGUUGCUGGUAUUCAUAUUAGAAGCCUUUGAAGGGCUUGGUCUUGAGGUGGUUCAAGCUAGUGUUUCUUGUGUGGAAAACUUCUGUUUUGAAGCAGUUGGAAUCAAAGAGAACAAUCAAGAUACUAGUCAUAUGGAAGCCCGAGUAGUUGAGCAAGUAGUGUCUCAAGCUAUUCAAAAAUGGAGGGAAGUUACAAAGCAAUAUUGA